UUGCACACAUGUGACGUCACUGUAGACUCUGGAACCGGGGCUGGGAACAAGGCUCUCAGCACCAGGGCAGUGUGAGGCAAGACCAGCGUUGGUCCCAGGGUGCUCAGCCCCUGGCUUUGGAGGGAGCUGGUGGGACCCACUUGUCGGGGGGUCCUGCGGGGUGCAUCACAGAUGAGACCCGAGCCUGGGAGGCAAGGCUGGUCACGAGCCCUGGCGGCGAGGACAGAGGAGCAGAGUUCUACUGGAGAUAGGCUAACUUCAGGGUGUUUGUAAAACGUAGACGGUAGCAGUUAAGGGAAAGGACAUCGAGGCCCCGGUGAGGGGUGACGGGGACCCUGAUGUGGCUGUGGGCAGUAGGGUUUCCAAGCUGGAGUCAGCAGCUUAGGGAUGGGGCCUGGCAGUCAGUGUAGGACAGGCCUGGACAGAGGCCCCAGUCCCAGAGCCUCAGAGAUUGGGGAUUCAGUGACGCACUCCACCACCCUUUUUCCACCAUUAAGGAGAUGCCCCAACUUUACCCUCGCUGUGCCACAGUUGGGCACUGUGGGGAAUGUAAGGCCCCCUUGGGUAACACAGUUGGCCCCGACUGAUAGUAAAUCAAGGCUCCUUCUUUCAGGGCCUCUCCUGGACCUCCUUGCCUCCUGUUCCUGUGGGCAUGGAGCCCAGGGUCCUGCCUACAAGGCAUCAUUGGUGGCCUCUAUAGCGCAAACUUGGCCCUCUGGCCUGGCCACAGUGUAUGAACUUGGUCACUGGACAGUCACUAUGAGCCACUGAGCUAGGUAAAAGCUUAGCCAUGGGGACCUGCCUCUGAGGGGCCCAUCAGGGUGCACAGAGCCGUCUUGCCAGCCCUGAGGCUCCUCUGGUGCUCCCUGGCCUUAGGGAGCCAGUGUGCCUGUUCCCAAAGUUAGAUCAUCAUAGAAGGGCUCACAGAGUAUUCCAACAUGAGGCUGGAUGCUGCCAGGUGUGGGCCCUCAUGGUGUGCUUCAUGUUGAUCAGAGACUCUGGGUAAUCCUGUAUACCUACCCUCCCCCUGGGCACCAUAGACCAUGCACCCCUAUAGAGAUUCCACAGACUUCAAGCGGCUCUUCCCCUCCUGCAUGUCUACCCAGCUGGGCUGUGAGAUACCCCCUGUACCAGCUGGGCGGCCCCCAGCUCCGAGUGUUCCGAACUAACUUCUUCAUCCAACUGGUGCGGCCUGGCACGGCCCAACCUGAGGAUACUGUACAGUUUCGGAUCCCCAUGGAGAUGACCAGGGUGGACCUCAAGAAUUACCUUGAGCAUAUUUACAACGUGCCUGUAGCUGCCGUCCGCACUCGGGUACAGCACGGUUCGAAUAGGAAGAGAGACCACAAGAACGUAAGAGUCAAGAAACCCGACUACAAAGUGGCCUACGUGCAGCUGGGUUCAGGGUCGCAGGCGCACGGGCAGACUUUCACCUUCCCAGAACUUUUCCCCGAGAAAGAGUCCAGUUCUGUGGAGCCUUACCUGGAGGAGAAGCGGCUGCAGGAGCAAAGCCAGAGCCGCGACCCCUACCGUGCCGAUGUCCCUUCCUGGUUUGGCCUGUGACCCGUGAUAGAGCAGACAGCAGGGCCACAGACCCAGUGGGCAGAGUGGUUCCAACAGCCCAAAUAAAAGUCCUCUGUGCAGAAAGAA